AUGAAGGCACUCUUGAAGAAGGCGCUGUUCCUUCGAACGGCAACUUUGCAUCGCACCUGCAGAGAUGGCGGCCUGUACGUCUACUGCUGCUGGCUUUCCCAAUGCCAGCUUUCGAUCUUCAGAGAACACCGACUUCAGAACCCGAUGGAAGCAAGAGCGACUGCGUUUCCUCGUUUUCUUCGUCUUCACGAGGUUGAAGACGGCGCACAAAGCACCGAAGCCGUUCAGUCGGCAAGCCGAAAAGAAGUGAACGCCUUUGACCACCCAGAUGAGAGGGUGGGCGCUGAAGCGUCCAGCAGCCCCACGCAAGGAAAUGCUUCGCCCAGAGCAAACGAUGCUCCGACGAUUCAGUUCCUCCGAGAAGACCUGGCGGAAGACCUUUCCAGCUGA